AUGGUUCCGAGAAGCGUCGGUCGGCUAGGCGGGCCGAUUCUUCGACGAAAACAAACAGAAAAUAAUUAUCAUAAAGAUGAAGAGCGGCCGCUCGAGCCUCGCCUGCUAAUGGGGGCCACCUGGCAGCGACACACACUCGCGAUCUGCACUCACACAUCCCCCCAACGUGUAAGCACCGUCCAGGCGAGUCAUCUCCGUUGCCUCGCUCUGCCUGAUUGA